AUGUCGGAGCUUGUUAAGAAUCCGCAAGUCAUGCAUAAGGCCCAGUCAGAGGUGAGGGAGGCCUUCGAAGGACAAGACAAGGUAACUGAAAGUGAUUUGGUCAAGUUAAGAUAUCUACAGCUGGUGAUCAAGGAGACUUUACGGCUACAUGCUCCAGUACCACUCUUGCUCCCUCGAGAAUGUCGCGAGUCAUGUCAGGUUAUGGGUUACGAUGUGCCAAAGGGGACCAGGUUGUUUGUGAAUGCUUGGGCAAUAGCAAGGGACAAGAGAUUGUGGCGUGAUGGAGAGGAAUUCAGGCCAGAAAGAUUUGAAAGUAGCAAUAUCGAUUUCAGGGGAAAUGAUUUCGAGUUCACACCAUUCGGGGCAGGCAGGAGAAUGUGCCCUGGCAUCGCGCUUGGACUGGCCAACCUAGAGCUGGCGCUUGCUAGCCUUCUUUACCAUUUUGACUGGGAUAUGCCCAAUGGCGCCAGGUUGGAAGAACUUGAUAUGGCAGAGGCCUUUGGUAUAACAUUAAAAAAGAAGUCCAUGCUCUGGCUUAAGGCCGAACCUUACAAUAAUUUUAUACCAAAUUAA